GCGCCGCCUGGUCUUGUCUAGACCCUGAGCGCAGCGCGCGCGGCCACCGAGGCGCACCAGCUGUGCGCCCCCCAGCCCGCCUGCUCGCUAAUCACAAGCGCCCCAGGAUGGCAGAGGCGGAAUUGCACAAGGAGAGGCUGCAAGCCAUAGCAGAAAAAAGAAAGAGGCAGACGGAAAUAGAAGGGAAGAGACGACAGCUUGACGAGCAGGUACUGCUGCUCCAGCAUUCCAAGUCCAAAGUGCUUCGGGAAAAAUGGCUGCUGCAGGGUGUACCGGCAGGAACAGCAGAAGAGGAGGAAGCCAGGCGCCGGCAGUCUGAGGAGGAUGAAUUCAAAGUCAAGCAGCUGGAAGAUAACAUUCAGAGGCUGGAGCAAGAAAUACAAGCGCUCGAAAGUGAAGAGUCCCAGAUAUCCGCCAAAGAGCAGAUCAUCCUCGAGAAACUGAAGGAGACAGAGAAAUCCUUCAAGGACUUGCAGAAGAGUUUCUCCACUGCUGAUGGAGCUAUAUACGCCAUGGAAAUUAAUGUGGAGAAAGACAAACAAACAGGAGAGACCAAGAUUCUCUCUGCAUCCACCAUUGGUCCAGAGGGGGUCCAUCAGAGAGGAGUCAAAGUCUAUGAUGACGGUACCAAAGUAGUGUAUGAGGUGCACUCAGGAGGCACCGUGGUAGAAAACGGAGUCCACAAAUUAAGCGCAAAGGAUGUGGAAGAGCUAAUUCAGAAGGCUGGACAAUCGAGCUUCAGAGGACACACGUCAGAAAGGACUGUUGUUGCAGAUGGGAGCCUGGGCCAUCCCAAGGAACACAUGCUCUGCAAAGAGGCCAAGUUAGAAAUGGUGCAAAAGUCCAGGAAAGAUCAGUCUUCGGGAAACCCCGGGCAGCAGGCCCAGCCCCCCAGCACAGAAGGGCCAGAGGCAAACCUGGAUCAACCAGUCACCAUGAUUUUUAUGGGCUACCAAAACAUUGAAGAUGAAGAGGAGACUAAAAAGGUGCUAGGCUAUGACGAAACCAUCAAGGCCGAAUUAGUCCUGAUUGAUGAAGACGAUGAAAAGUCUCUAAGAGAGAAGACAGUGACGGACGUGUCCACGAUCGACGGGAACGCAGCUGAGUUGGUGUCCGGCAGGCCCAUGUCAGACACUACAGAACCCUCAUCCCCAGAAGGCAAGGAAGAGAGCCUGGCCACAGACCCCGCCCCAGCAUCUGGGUGGUCUCCUGUGCUGCUACAAGGAGAUGAGGUGACACCGACAGCAGAUCCCAUAGGAACCAACGCAGACAUGGCCAUCCAGAAGCCUCCCCAGCUUUCCGAGGAUGCUAACCAGCUGAGAAGCAAGCAAGACAACAGUGGUGACAGUCGCCUAGAGACUGCCGACAGCUCUCUCUCCCCAGAUCACAAAAACAUGGAAAUUGGGGUGUCCGUGGCAGAAUGUAAAAGUGUACCUGGAGUCACCUCUACCCCCCAUUCCAAGGACCACUCCUCCCCUUUCUACUCGCCCUCACACAAUGGCCUCCUCACUGAUCACCAUGAGUCUUUAGAUAAUGAUGUCGCCAGAGAGAUCCAAUACCUAGAUGAGGUGCUGGAGGCCAACUGCUGUGAUUCCUCUGUGGAUGGAACUUACAACGGAAUCUCCUCCCCAGAGCCUGGUGCAGCCAUACUGGUAAGCAGCUUAGGCUCGCCUGCCCACUCAGUCACGCAGGCAGAACCCACUGAGAAAGCAUCUAAUAGGCAGGUGCCUCCUCACAUCGAGCUCAGUAGAAGCCCCUCUGACAGCAUGGCUGAAGGAGAAAGAGCCAAUGGACACUCCACUGACCAAGACAUGCUGGGCAACAGCCUGCAGGCACCUGCCAGCCCCAGUUCCUCUACCAGCUCCCACUGCUCCUCCCGAGAUGGGGAGUUCACACUCACCACACUGAAGAAGGAAGCCAAGUUUGAGCUGCGUGCCUUCCACGAGGACAAGAAGCCCUCCAAGCUCUUUGAGGAGGACGAGCGGGAGAAGGAGCAGUUCUGCGUCCGGAAAGUGAGACCCUCUGAAGAGAUGAUAGAGCUGGAGAAGGAGCGGAGGGAGCUCAUUCGGAGUCAGGCUGUAAAGAAGAAUCCCGGCAUCGCUGCCAAGUGGUGGAAUCCUCCCCAGGAAAAGACUAUUGAGGAACAGCUGGACGAGGAACAUCUGGAGUCACACAGAAAGUACAAGGAACGCAAAGAGAAAAGGGCCCAGCAGGAGCAGCUACAGUUACAGCUGCAACAGCAGCAGCAACAGCUGCAACAGGAGCAGCUGCAGCAACAGUUACAACAGCAGCAGCAACAGCUGCAACAGCAGCAGCUGUCCACGUCCCAGCCCUGCACAGCCCUAGCUGCUCAUGAACACCUCGAUGGCAUUGAACACACAAAGGAGGAUGUCGUCACGGAGCAGAUUGACUUCUCGGCUGCACGCAAACAGUUCCAGCUGAUGGAGAAUUCCAGGCAAACCCUAGCCAAGGGCCAGAGCACCCCGAGGCUGUUUUCUAUCAAGCCUUUCUACAAACCUCUUGGAUCCAUCAACUCGGACAAGCCAUCGACCAUCUUGCGACCAGCUCCUGUCGGGGGAACUCUGGAAGAUUGUGGCACACAGGCAACCAAGGAGCAGAAAGCUCCCUGUGUAUCUGAGAGCCAGCCUGCAGGAGCCAGUCCAGGUAACGCUGCCACUCAGGGAAAGGAGGGGCCAUAUACUGAGCCUUCCAAACGUGGACCCUUAUCUAAACUGUGGGCAGAGGAUGGAGAGUUCACAAGCGCCAAGGCCGUCCUGACUGUUGUCAAAGAUGAAGAUCAUGGGAUUUUGGACCAGUUUUCAAGAUCGGUCAAUGUAUCUUUGACCCAGGAGGAACUGGACUCAGGUUUGGAUGAGUUGUCAGUGAGGUCUCAGGACACCACUGUCCUGGAGACUCUGUCCAAUGACUUCAGCAUGGACAACAUAAGUGACAGCGGAGCUUCUAACGAGACACCCAAUGCCCUUCAGGAAAACUCACUGGCUGAUUUCUCUCUGCCUCAGACUCCCCAAACAGACAACCCCUCAGAGGGUCGAGAAGGGGUCUCCAAGUCAUUCAGUGACCAUGGUUUCUAUUCUCCUUCCUCCACACUAGGGGAUUCCCCAUCUGUUGAUGACCCCUUGGAAUAUCAGGCUGGGCUCCUGGUACAGAAUGCCAUUCAACAAGCCAUAGCCGAGCAGGUGGAUAAGGCUGAGCCGCACACCAGCAAGGAGGGCUCAGGACAGCAGGAACAUGAAGCAGUGGUAGAGGAAGCUGGAAGCCAGGCUCCUGGCUCUGAGAAGCCCCAGGGCAUGUUUGCACCACCUCAGGUGUCCUCUCCAGUUCAAGAGAAAAGGGAUGUAUUACCAAAGAACCUCCCUGUGGAGGACAGGGCACUCAGGGAAAAGGGGCUCCCCCAGCCACCCGCAGCUGUGCAGCCCAGCGGUCCAGUCAACAUGGAAGAGACCAGGCCUGAAGGAGGGUACUUCAGCAAGUACUCAGAGGCAGCCGAGCUGAGAAGCACAGCUUCCCUCCUGGCUACUCAAGAGUCUGAUGUCAUGGUUGGACCCUUCAAACUGAGGUCAAGGAAGCAGCGGACUUUGUCCAUGAUUGAAGAAGAGAUCCGGGCAGCUCAGGAAAGGGAAGAGGAGCUAAAGCGCCAGAGACAAGUGAGGCAAAACACCCCAAGCCCCAAGACCAAGAACGCCCCAUCACUGCCUUCCAGGACCACCAGCUACAAGACUGCUCCAGGGAAAAUAGAGAAAGUCAAACCUCCUCCAUCCCCCACAACUGAAGGUCCCAGCUUGCAGCCUGACUUAGCCCCCGAAGAGGCUGCCGGAACCCAGCGUCCCAAGAACCUGAUGCAGACCCUCAUGGAAGACUAUGAGACACACAAAUCUAAAAGGCGCGAGAGAAUGGAUGAUAGUAGUUACACCUCUAAGUUACUGUCUUGCAAGGUGACUUCCGAGGUCCUGGAGGCCACACGGGUUAAUCGAAGGAAGAGUGCUCUGGCCUUACGCUGGGAGGCAGGGAUUUAUGCCAACCAGGAGGAGGGGGACAAUGAAUAAACUUCCUUCGGCCCAGGAAACUCUUUUGCUGAAGGAGUUUCCGCAAAGGAACCAAGAAAAUAUUGAACCAGAAGCAUUUUAAUAGACUACUUAUUAAAGUGCAUACAAACUCAACAACCCUCAUGUAGACCAGAAGCUGCAAUACACAAUGGUAAAAACAACAAAACAAAACAAAACAAAAAAGUAAAGUGAAGCAAACAUGAAUCUCACCCGUCAAACUCUGAGACCAGGGACAGAAGCAAAAGGAUAUCUUUGUGACUCAAAGAAGCCCCUGGCUUUGGACCGUUCCAUAACUGAUCCAAAGGGACACAGAUGUGACAAGGAGUCAACAUAGUUGCUGCAGGCAGAACUGAAGCCAGCUUUGGCUGGGUGUUGCACAGUGGCCAUUCCAAGGCAACCCACAGGGCCCAGGCUGCUGCGCCUGCUGCCUACAGGCUAUCCCGCCACACCAGCUUCCCACCCCGUCUAGCCUGAGGCAUCACAAGUGUUGGGUUAACUCCAUUUUCUCCAGCAGCCAUAAAAAAAAAUGAAUGGUGUUUCUUAUCAUAGUUGCCCAAAAGGGGGGCAAUGAGGAUUCAAUCUCUCUUACAUGUAAUCCUUUGAAAUUGGGAACACCUAAAGGUCACAAUAGAUAAAGUCCGUAUUUUUAAGGCAAUAUCUCUUCAUGUUGCAGAUGCAAUCAAUUCUACAGCAGGAGGUUGAGAACGGUGGGGGGUUGGGGGGAGAGCCAAACCAAAAGGGUUAUUAGCUUUAGAUAGAACCUUGUCUGCUUUUAUUGUUGACUGAUCAGCUUAGGGAAACACACUUUCACGAUUACGUUUCUUCAUAUGAAAAGUAUAUUUAGUGAGCAAUGACUAUUUUUAUGAUGGGAUGGGGGAACAGGAACACGGAUAAAGCCUGUACACAUUUGAACAGCUUGGUUCAAGAUGGUAGGGAUAUUUUUAGAAUGGCAAUAAUUGAAAAUAAAAGGGGGCAGACUCUGCCUUAGAAAGGUAGAUGGUCAGAAAUAAGGUGUUUAUAACUAUUUUCUAUUUUAAAGUGGGCCUUAGAGGUGGUUGUGGUGUAGGAUGAGUUGUUUUGGAUCUGAGAAAGGUAACUUUAAAUGCAUGGAGAUAGAAAGAGAAAGGGGUGAGAGAGACAAAGAAUAGGAAAGGAAGGAAGGAAGGAAGGAAGGAAGGGAGAUUAUUUUUGCUGAACAACCAGUGUUUUUCAGGAUGACAAAGAGAAAAAUAUAGAAAUUUAAGUGCAAAUGUGGAAUCAGCUACAAAUCCUAAAGACGGUGUGUAUGCCUUUGUGUGCUUGUAUAAAGCAUGUGUGUUCGUGAGUAAAGGUGUGCCAGUGUGUGGGGUGUGUGUGUGUGUGUGUGUGUGUGUGUGUGUGUUGAAUGUGGCACAUGGGUGUACAGUAUUUCCUCCGUAGCUGCCUGUCGGCUUCGGGAGUGAGUGACAAUUUUCUUUUUUAUGAAAAGGGAUAUGAAGGCACAGGGCGGAUGCAGUAUUCCUACUAUUGAGCUGACCUAACAUGGCAUUUGCAUGAGUCACAGUUGUGAAGUCUUGAGCAGUUUUGUAUUGAUAAUUUGACAUUUAGAACACAGCCUAUUUAUUCCCAUGCUUUGUGUCCCUGCUUCUCGUACCACAGAGGAUGCCAGCUUCACUCUUUCUAUCAUUUCAAGCAAUAUGAUAAGGAUGUUCACUAAUUAAUUAGGUGCCCCGAGUUUCUGGAUGAGGAAAUGUUUCAUUUCUGGCUGGGAAGGGGAGGAGGGGGAGAAGGUGUGGAAGGGGAAAGAGGAAGAAAAAAAAAAAACUAACCAGCCUUUUAUUAUUUUUCCUUUAUUUUAAAACUAUUUCUUACAAGCAAUAAUUAAAGUCAGCCUUGCUAAAAUUCA